GGUUGGUUUGUGCAUUCUUCAAGAGAAGUGGUGAAUUUUGAUGAGUAUAACUAUUUAUACAGUUUUUAUGUAAAUAAACCAAAUUUUAAGUAAUAAAAUUAAGUGCAAAGUAUCAAUCUAUUGGCUCGACGACUCGCAACUUCACUAAUCUUGAACAACUGUGUUUGGGCAUUUUUAAUCGCUGCAAUUAAGACAAAAACAAAACACAAAAAAAAAAAAACAUCGGCAACAACACAAACACUCAACACACGAAAAAUAACGAAAGUGCCACAAAUCAUAUGAAUCAAGUUAGCCUGCCGCCGCCCCCCAUACCCCAAAACAAAGUAUUCAUUGAAAAAAAAUUGAGAGUUUUCAAAUAAUUCGAACGAACGAAAUUUCAAACUUAGUUUGACCACCGACAAGUACACACAUAUACAUUACAAAAAUAAUAUAUAAUAUAUUUUAAAUAUAAAGUCAAAUCAAGAUAAAUAGUGAAAAAGUCUGCAAAGGAAUCAACUAAAAUGGAUUCUCCACCAAUGUUUAAUAGCGUCGAAGAUGAAUGCAGAUAUUGGAAAGAGCGAUCCAAACAAUAUCACAAAGAAUGGACAGAUGUUAAACAGGAUUAUGAUGAAUUUGUGGAACAAUCACGCGAAAUGGAAAUUGAAAUGGACGCUACUCUGGAGCAAAAACAGAGUAUUAUUAAAGAUCUCAGAGCCAAGCUAAAUAUGUUUGAGAAAGAAAAUGAUUCCCUCAAGCUUAAGCUGGAUUCGCAUUGCAUUGAAAUGUCGAAUAUGGAGAAACAGUUGGAGACAGUAAAGAAGGAACGCGACUCGAUGAAAGUAUAUCUACGUCAGCUGGAACAGAAAAAUGAUGAUUUAGAGCGUGCACAUCGCAUUCUCAACGAGAGCAUAGAGAAUUUUGAGAAAAUGUUGGAUCAGGCAUACGAAAAGAAUGCCCUGCUUGAACUGGAGGUAGACGAGAAAGGAUUGCUGCAGGAAAAACUGCAGCGGCUCAUGGAUGAGACGCGAGAUCUCAAGCAAGAGCUCAAUGUUAAGUCACGAUAUACGCCAACAAAUGGCACUAGCAACAAUUCUACAGGCACAGCCGGUAAUAGCUCCAUGAACUCAUCCUCCUCGCUACCGAAUGGCAUUGUGGCCAAUGGUGAUAUGAUGCCGCCACAUGACAACAUUGUUGCUUCAAAAACCACCACCAGCAUCAGCUCGAGCGCCCUCAACGGCAGUUUAGUUAAUAAAAACGAAUAUAAUCAACAGCAAUCGCUUAAAAAUCCCGAGAACCUAAUCAAUGGCAAUCCCAUGAAUGCCAGUUCCCGCACAACGGCGCUGAACAUUGUGGCCGACAUGUUAAGAAAACUAAACGCCAUGGAAACAAAAUUGAAGACAUAUCGCGAGCAUGCACCACCAUCUGCUCAGCCGCGAUCCGUGAGAUCAGCACAGCAGGCGAAUCACCAAUUGACUGGCCUGCCAUGCCUUUCCCUCGAUGCGGAAUAAUCGAAUGUUGUUUCGUCCAUAGCACCAGAGCCCAAUGCAGCGCAAUGUCUGUGAAAAAAGAAUAUAGGGUAUAUACAUACAUAUAUAUACACGGCAUACGGAUUAUUGGAAUAUUGUUCAAUUUUGCGAUACGUUCACGUUUCAAAUGUUAGCGUUAAUUAUUUUCUUUCUUUCCGCUGAACUCUGUUUAUUUAUUUCAUUUAACUCGACUUGUAUAAAAAAAAACUUACAAACUUACACUUACAAAAAACACAAUGCUUAGAAAAAUGAAAACAAACACCUACAAAGAAAACAACAAAAAAAAACGAAAAAAAUUAAGCAUUAAAAAUUACACAACACAACAAGUUUGAUGUGUUGCAGUUUCAAGCCCAACCAUAUAACAUGCCUUAGUAUAAAUUAAGUGUAAAACAACAAAACCGUUAAGCUUAAGUCUAAAAUGAAAAAUUGGUUCUCUUUAUUGAAUACUAUAAAGUAAAAUUCAAUUUUUUUUUUGUGAGCUGACUAAACUUAUGUCUAAAAAACAAAAAACUAAAGAAUAUAUGUUGAGCAAAAUGGAUGUGUCCAAGUAUUAUGGAUCAGCUGAAUGAGAACUUAUAACAAAUACUCGUAGUGUAUAGGAAAAGACAACCACUCUCACCCAAAACACACACACACACACACACACACACACACGCACUCAGAAUGAGAGAGAGAGAGAGAGCAUACAGUUUUAUUGUUUAGUUAAAAUUAUUUUAAAAAAAAACAAAAAAUCAGCUAUUUUCUAUUUAUAUUUAGAAGCGAAUAUAAAUAUGUAAAAAGGCAACAAAUUAUUAUAUAUUAUCUAUAUGUAAAUGUAUAAAACAAAACCAACACACACAAACAAAAAAAACUACAACAUCAACGAACACACGAUAAUGUUUAAAUAAAGAGAGAAAGAUAAUUAGUUUUAAUAGAAA